UAAAGAGAAUGUAAGAGAUGACAAUAUUUGUCAUUGCAGCCGAAACCCGCAGUAGCAACAUUAAGCGUCACAUGUCAAACAGGUUAAAACAAAUCGCGACGCUAAUAAUUAUAUCUGGCAGCUUGCAACAGUUAUCAGAUAUAUUUAUAUCUCUACCCAAUUAGGAGUUUGGUUAGGUGCUAAAAAUAUUUUUAAGUUUAUUUUUCUUUUUUUUAAUAUAUAAAACUCAUGCAAAUCUGUAUAUUGUUAGUAACGAUUCACUAAUUACCGACUUGGAUUAACCUGAACAGAAGAAAACAACAUUGUGCAAAAAAAUCGUUUUAUUCACGUAUAAUGGACUCUCUAGUGGAAAUACCGGUCGCUGAAUGGCCUCGACUCCGAGACAUGUUUAGUAUUGACUGGCCGAAAGGAGCAGCCGCUUAUUGUCUUUUGGACACCAAUAUAAACUGCCCGAAAUUAAGUCAAGAAUUUAAUUUCAAAGUUUACUGUCCUUUCGGAGACAUGAACAAUGGAAUGGUCGCCAUAACAAUGCAGGACGACGAUGUUCAAGUUAUAAUAAGACCUUUGAAUGAUGUUAUAAAAAUAGAAGAAGCGUUAUUAUCAACAAAUGUAAUAGAUUGGAAGAAAAAUAUUAUGGCUCCGUUUGCGAGCCCAGAAGUCACAGCUUGUCUCGUGAAGAUAUCAAACAAGCUCAACGUCAAAAUAUACUACGAACAAAAUAAAGCAAUUACAUUUUUAUUAAAUAAAACGUGCAUCCCGUUCGAAAUAAGUUUGCCAGAAAAUACUUACAUAGCAUCUCUUAAACCUGAACAUAUCGAUAUUGUUGAUAAAACAUGGACAUAUUCGAGUGAAAGAUCAAAAGAAUAUUUUGAAAUAUUAAUGAGAAACGAUAGUACUUACGUUCUCUAUUCAAAAGAAAAUAACGAACCAAUGGCUUGGGUUACCAUUAACGACGCAGGUUCACUAUCUCAUCUAUUUUGUUUGGAACCGUACAGAAGGAAAGGCUACGGUGAACUAAUAACAAAAUACGCUUGUAACGAUGUUCUAAAAAAAGGAAGGAAUGUGAUAGCUUAUACUGUUGAAAAUAAUUACAACUCUCAAAUGUUACUAUUGAAAUUGGGAUUCGAAAAUAUCGGCUACGAUUAUUGGGUUAUCAUUGUAAAGAAAUAA